GAUCCUUAUACAAAUCUGUAAUAAACAAUUUUAAUAUUUAUUCGAAAAUUCUCCAUCGCACGCUACUGUUGAUAUUCCACACACGGAGCCACUUUACAGCAAGUAGAUAUCAUGACUGUCAUAUUGUGUAUACUGACCGUUGACUGGCGCACGCGCCCGGCGACAAUCCGACUGCAGAGUGCAGACGAACGAGCGCUCCGCCGCCGAAUACGCACAUGUGCUCAAGCCGUAACAUCACGGAAGCAAGGUUAUACUAAUCGCUAUACUAAUCGCUAUAUAUUUAUUGUUUACGCGUGAAAAAAUUGUGUAUCAAUCAUGUCUAAGCCCAAGAAAAACGUUGGUUCAAUGCUGAAGAAUUUAUGGGAUCCGACUCCUAAUCUCACCUUUUCAGAUGAUGAAGCCGAAGAAACCAAAGCUAAGGUUGCUGAUUUCGAUGAAGAAUUAGAAUUGCCAGAUGAUUAUAAAACUGGACCCAGUUCUUCUAAGCUUCGAAAACGAAAUGCUGAUCUUCUUGGUGACAUCGAUCGCAGAUAUAGAGGAAAAAAAGUAUCUAGCAAACAAAUUUUCCAACAAAGUUCUGAUGAAAGUUCUGGUAAAGAUGAUGAUAACGAUGAUGAUGGGAGUAUUGAUCUUAGCAAUGAUGAAGGUGAUGGAAGUAUUGUCAGCGGUGAUGAAGAUAAUGAAAAUGAUGGUGGUGACGAUGACGAUCAAAGUGACAGUUCUAGUGAAAAUAUACAACAAGAAUCUGAUGAUGAUAAUGAUUCAUCAGGCAAUAAAGAAUUUGCAGAAGGCUCGUAUGAUGAAAAUAGCGAUGAAAAUAGUGAUGAAAAUGAGGAUGAUGAUGAAUUAGAUGAAAGUCGUGAUUAUUCAAAUCCACUGCUUAGAGAAAGAAAGAAAGAUAUUGUUUUAGUAAAACCUAGUGAUUUACGUGAGGAAAUAUAUAAAGGCAACUGCAUUAAAGAGCAAUUAAAUAUUUGGGAAAACAUUUUACAAAUGCGAAUUCUCGCACAAAAGGUUUUAAAUACAAGUAAUAAAAUGCCACAACAUGAUGUUUAUCCUACCUUUGCUAGUAACGAAGAAUUUAAAAAGAAGAGUGAAGAAACUAAAAGCAAACUUCGUGCAGUAUUGAAUAAUUUAUUAUCAUUACAAACCGAAUUGCUGAACAAUUUCCCAGAAACAAAAAAUCUAUUAUCUGGAAAAAGAAAAGCAAAUGAUGAAGAUAAUAAUGAUGAAGAUGAUGAAGAGAUCCCUUCAGAUUUUGAAGGAGAAGAAAUAGAAAGUGAAGAUCAUAGUGAAGAAGAAAUUUCUGAAGAAAAGUCUGAAAAGAAAACAGAUAAACAACCACCCAAAAAGAAAAUGAAACUUUCAGAUUAUGAAAAAGUGUUGGCUAAAAAUCAUAAGCUGCUAAAAGAGUACAGAGAGCCGAUUAUUCAAAAAUUGAAUGAUAAAACUAGGGUUGCAACCGGUGUUAUUAGCAAAGAUCGUAAACUAUCUGUGGUAGAGAAAAUAGAUUUUGCUUUUUCCAAUAGAGAUAAAUUAGUGAAAAAAACUCAAUUGAAACGUUCUGAUUAUGAAAUUAUUGGGAAAUCAUCACCCACAGUUGAAGACAAUGAUGGACGUAGAACUGAAGAAUAUGAUGCUGAAAUUUUUGAUGAUUAUGAUUUUUAUCAUUCCCUGUUGCGCGAUUUCAUUAAUAGCAAAUUGUCUGACACAACUGAUCCAAACCAGUUGACUCAAAAGUGGAUUGAGCUUGAUAAAAUGCGCAGUAAAAUGAAAAGGAAAAUUGACACAAAGGCCACAAAAGGACGAAGGCUUCGCUAUAAUGUACAUCAAAAACUUGUUAACUGGAUGGCACCGAUUCCAGAUAACAUGUGGACAGAUAAUGGGAAAGAUGAACUCUUUAGCUCUUUGUUCAAAAAGUAAGCAACAAAUAUUAAUUUAACU